GUUUCAUACAUUUGGCUGAACUUGAAGCUGCUCUGGCGCUCUCUACUCUCUAGUUUCUCCUCUCCACAGCCACUCAGCCUUCUCCCCCCCAAAAAAUAUCCCAUCGGUCGUUGGAGUUUCCGGAGCAAAGCUAAGGGCCGCGGCGGCCGCGACCUCAUGAACCAGCGUUGGUGAUGCAGGCUCAGCUCCUGGUGGGAUCCCUCCCCACCGCCUCCUCUUUCUGCGACAGUAUUCUUGUUCCUUUCUCCUCCCUCGUCGCCGGCUCACCAUGGAGCCGCUGGUUCCACCGUCGCCGAACGCGGAACCGUUAUCCACUGGCUGUGUCUUCGUCGCAGUCGUCGUCUUCGGGGGCGGAAGCGGCGAUCAACGGUCACCAGAAUUAUUAUUCCGUGCUCGGAAUCGAUCGUACCGCCUCCUCCGCAGACAUAAAAAAAGCUUAUCGCCUUCUUGCUCGCCAGUACCAUCCUGAUGUUAGCAAGCAUUCACAGGCUGGUGAGAUGUUCAAAAGCAUUCGCCGAGCAUAUGAAACCCUGUCAAAUGAAGUGACAAGAACACAGUACGAUCGAGUAUUAAGAUUCAAUGACGAUACAGCAUAUAGAGGAAACAAGUAUUACAGCCCUCAAUUUGAAGAUCGGGAAAGAAUCUACAGGUGGGCUGAACUGAAACGGAGGAUGGAACAAGAAAGAUACUGGGAGCAAUACAAUGAAGAAUACGACUCUUCCUCUGAAGAUGAGAUGGCUGAAGAAGUGAAUCAAGAAAGAGGACCUUUUGCUGAAGUGCUUAGGUCUGCGUUUUUGUCUCUGUUUUUGCUCCAGACGUUAGGACCUCGAGUCUCUGUUACAUUCAGCAGCUUGAUGGCUCUAUUCGAUCCAAAGUUGGAUGCUGGAUACAAAAUCGGUCAUUUGGUUGCAUGGAUUCUUGGUGGAAGAAAUGGGGUUCUGCUUGCUUUGUGCAUCCAGUUUGCAAGUUGGGUAUGCGGGAAGACUAGCAGCAGUAUGGUUACUGUGACUGUGGUAGCCAUGUGGGUUGCCUCCAAUCUUGCUCGCCAUGCCCCUCUCCCAACGGGUGCUGUCCUUACACUUCUGUACAUGUCCAUCAAGCUCCAAGUGGACUUGACCUGAAGGGUGAUAUAAAGAGUGCUUUCCCUGAAUGUUGUACAUAUGGGAUUCUGGAUGUAGUGCAGAAACUGAUUGAUUCAUGCCCAUUGAGCUGAGGCUGAUAUAACAAUGCCUUGCUUAUCCUCCCCAGAAUAUUGUAUAUAUGAAUUACUGGAUGUAAUGAAUGCAGUGUAAUCGAUUCAUGUUCAGAUUUAUGACUUGAAGUCUGCCAGACAAAGAUUGUUACCUUACAUAUCCUGAGU